CCAAACCAAACUCCACUUCAUUUCUUCUUCUUCUUCUUCUUCUUCUUCUUCUUCUUCUUCCUCUUCCUCUUCUUCUUCUUCCACCUUCUCUUUCAGGAGUUUCAAGCUCCAACAACACCUAAACCCACAGUUUCAUCCACAAUGUUUUACUCCCAUCACCUUCUAGCUCGCAAAGCUCCUCUUGGCCAAAUCUGGAUGGCUGCGACAAUGCACGCCAAGAUUAAUCGGAGGAAGCUCGAUAACUUGAACAUAAUCAAAAUUUGUGAGGAGAUUUUGAAUCCUUCGGUUCCGAUGGCUCUAAGACUCUCGGGGAUUCUUAUGGGUGGCGUUGUCAUUGUUUAUGAACGGAAAGUUAAAAUUCUUUACGAGGAUGUAACUCGCCUUCUGAUUGAGAUAAACGAAGCAUGGAAAGUGAAAGCAGCUCCAGAGCCCACCGCCCUUCCCAAAGGAAAAUCUCUGGCCAAGAAGGAGGCUAUUACUAGGCCUGAGAAGGAUCCGAACGACAUUUCCUACAACACUUCUCCAAUGAAGUUUCAACAAACCGCAUUUUUUAGUAUGCGGCUUGACAGUGUGGAUGAACCCUAUAUCAACGAUAAAACAGUGGAAGAUGACCCAUCACAAAACUUCCAUCAAACUGAUGCUGAAAAUAUAACCUUAAUUGAGCGUUUUGAUAUGUAUCAAUCAAAGACAAGUACAUUUGAUCGGUUUGAAAGAUUUGAUAUUGAAGAGGACGGGGAUACACAACCAGAUUUUGCAUCUGUAGAUCAAACACAAAUUCCAGCUACUGUUAGACCUCCCCCUCCUCCUCCAGACAAGUAUCCAGAAGGCCCUCCUGAUGCUGAAGUCCAGGACCAACAUCUUGAACACAUUGUUGAUCAGCCGGCCGAGGAAUCCAAGGAACUUAGACAGGUGGAGCAGGUGGCAAGAAAAAGGAAAGCAAAAAGAACAGCAGCCUCUUUGAUGGACUAUGAACAGACCAUCAUUCCUGGACACAUAUACCAAUCUUGGCUAAAAGAUGUCUCGGAUCUGAUCUCUAGAAGAAGAAGAAAGAGAAAGCAACGGACAGGUCCAAUGUUCACUAAGAAGAUAGCCACUCUCAUGGACCUUCCUCCUGUGGUGUUAAGUGAACGCUUAUUCACAGAGGGAAGUAGGGAAGCCUACUAUCCAGCUCCUCUCCUAGAGUUAUGGAUGAGAAGUAUCCGCCAACCCCCUGACUCACCUUCUGAGAGGAGUUCUACACCAUUACCUCCCGAGCCAUCUGUGUUCUCACCGCCAGAGAGAGUAAACUUUUCAGAACAUAUGAAUUUUCCUUUUGAAGAUCAUUACAGUGGAGUUGGUUCUCAGUCGUUUGGAAGUUCCAUGGAGAAGCUAAUGACCGGACAAGUCAAUGGUGGUGCCGAGAUCCCUCUGGAAGAACUUGGACCCAACAUCAUGGAUAAUGUUAUGGAGAUGGCUGAAAGAAAUCAAAUGGGUACACCUGGAAAUUCCGGAUUUGGAGUGAGGUCAGUUUCAAGCUCAGCAUCUGAACAUGAUGUGCUAUCAAAAAAUUCAGGGACUGAUUCUUUACGGUUCAACAAGAAAAGAUCUUAUUCUUCAUCGAAACGAAGUAGCGGAGGCCUCGAACCUGUAGCUGAGGAGAAUCCAUGGUCUCAUCACUCUGAUCCAAAUUUCAAGUUAGCGAGGUUGUCUGAAAAUGAUCCAGAUUUAUUGGAAGAAACUGCACUGACCCAAACUCAACUUACUCAAGCUGCUAUCAAGUAUCCUCCUGCUGACAAGAUAACUGAUUCCAUUCGAAUGCAAAUGAAGGCACAUUUCGAUACGCCAGGAGCCGCAUCAACAGAAUCUCUAAACAAUUUGGCCGCUGGAAUGAACCGCAAAGCAGCUGCUAUGCUCUUCUAUCAAACUUGCGUUCUAGCUUCAAGUGAUUACUUAAAGGUUAACCAACAAGUUCCAUUUGGAGAUAUUUUCAUCUCUAAAGGUACAAAAAUGUGAAGGAGUGAGGUCAGCAUCUUAAACUUACUAAAGCCACCAUCACACACUUACACACAUAUAUAUUCUACCAAUACAUUUUUUACUAAAAUAGCAUCUUGUUUGUCAUUUAUAUAUAGACCAAAAGAAUUAUAGGGUUUAUAUAGCCUUAAAUUUGAGAAUUGCAAAAGUAGAUUAAGAAAAAGCCAGAAACAGUACCAAAUGUAAUUAUAUAAUAUCCAUUCUCCUUCCCUAGCUUGUGGAAUGAAAUUUAUUAUAUAAUCUACUAUAUGCU